AUGACUGAAGCAGCUCAGUUUGAUCUCGUUUGUAAAGUAUGCGAUCAACUGUUGGAGGAUCCUCACCUAACACCAUGCUGCAUGAAAUCAUUUUGUUUAAAGCACUUUAACCCCUCACUAUCAUCCUCAAGUAUUUCGUGCCCAGCCUGUGGAGAACAAUUUGCUCCUGACAAGUUGGCUCCAGAUAAUCGCAGAAAGGGAAAGGUAGAAAGGUCAAAGUUAACUGCUGAAAAUUCUCAAAAGUCCCAAUAUUUAACAGAAGUUCAUCAAACUUCUUCUCUUGGAAAAAAUUCCAAUUUUAAACAACGGUUGCAGAACGUGUUUACCAAAGUUCGUCCAGAUAUCGCGGAGCAAACUCCCAACUUCCAAAAAAAAUCCAAUUUUCAAAGAGACUCAAGCGCUGUCCGCAAUACUAAUCGAAAUGUUGGAGGGCAUAUUGGCAAUCCUCAGCACGAUUUUAACUCUAAUCAAUGCCAAACUAAUGAAAACUCAAUUUCUGAUGGAGAUUUUCGUCGUGACAAUAUUUGUUCUGAUUGCCUAAAGAAAACACAAUGUACAUUUUGUCAGCACCACUCGGUUGAAGAACGUCUCCAUAACAUCAUCUCAGAUAUAUCUCUUCUAGAAACUGAGGCCUCGCGAAGAACACAUAGGAUGAAACUUAUUACUGAUGCUAGAAGCGCUCUUUCAGAAAAGUUUGCUGCGUCAUCCGUAAUGAUCGAAGAUUCCCAAAAAGAGCUCUCAAAACUCGCAAGAGAUAUUAAAUUAAAGGCAGAAAAGAUGGAAACUGCAAUAGCCACAAAAAAGAUAUUUGAAGAGGAUCAACGUAAAGUUGUGCUAAAGAUCAAACGAGAGCUAAACGAUCUGGAAAACAAAAGAAUACCAAGUGUGAAUGUUGAGAGGAUUUUGAUGGUACAUUGA